ACAACACGACAGAACACAAACCGGAUCCAUGGCUUCUCCAUCCACAGCCAUCUUGGCCCUCGCCGUCGCGUUGGUCUGCGCAGCCACCGCGGCGAACGCGAGGUUCACGGCGAUGCAGUGGACUCCGGCGCACGCCACGUUCUACGGCGACGAGACCGCGGCCGAGACCAUGGGUGGGGCGUGCGGGUACGGCAACCUGUACGCAACGGGGUACGGCACGGACACGGCGGCGCUGAGCACGACACUGUUCAAGGACGGGUACGGGUGCGGGACGUGCUACCAGAUCCGGUGCGCGAGCUCCCCCUGGUGCUACCGGGGCUCGCCGGUGAUCACGGUGACGGCGACCAACCUGUGCCCGCCCAACUGGGCGCAGGACUCCAACAACGGCGGCUGGUGCAACCCGCCGCGGACCCACUUCGACCUCUCCAAGCCGGCGUUCAUGCGGAUGGCCCAGUGGCGCGCCGGCAUCGUGCCGGUCAUGUACCGGCGGGUGCCCUGCGUGAGGCGCGGCGGCCUCCGGUUCGCGCUCCAGGGGAACCCCUACUGGCUGCUGGCGUACGUGAUGAACGUGGCCGGCGCCGGAGACGUCGCGGAGAUGUCGGUGAGGAGCGGGCGCGGCGCGUGGGUGCGCAUGAGCCACAACUGGGGCGCGUCGUUUCAGGCGUUCGCGCAGCUCGGCGGCCGGGCGCUCAGCUUCAAGGUCACCUCCUACACCACCCGGCAGACCGUCGUCGCCACCAACGUCGCGCCGGCAAACUGGUGCCUCGGGCUCACGUACCAGGCCCGCGUCAACUUCUCCUGAAACUGAGAGGCCGGAGGAGCACGUCGUUCCGUAGCAGAAGUUUGCAGGAGCUGUGAUGCCGAGAACGCUCUGCCCUGCUACGAUGUUCCAUUGUUUUCCUCUGUUCUCGUAGUUCAGAGUUCAGUCAGAUUUGGGACGUGUCGAGCGUUGCCCCCGUCCAUGAGGAGCAGUGGGUUUGACGCCAGCAUUAUUGAUGUAAAGCUUGCUUAAUUUUUUUUUUCUGGAAGACCGAUGGGCGCAAAUCAUGGCCGCGUUAAUUUCAAGACCUGAGUCGUUGAUCACGAUGGCCGAAAUUUCUAGAGGCAAAAGUUGCAACAAAAUCAAUAUGAUCAUUGACAGU